CGUUACGCCGUCACUGACCUGUCUUGAAUUCAAUAUCGAGUCAGGUGCGCUCAACGUGGAUUGGAGGUGUCGACGUCCUUGAAGAUGAUGUGAAACUCGUUGCUUCCCUCAGUCACGAAUCCCCCGCACGUGACUCAAAAGUUGUGACGUAAAUCAAUGGCCGUUUGAAUGUGGAGUUGACAACCCUCGUCCGCAGCUCAACAGACCUCAGUUUCCACCAUAAAGAAUGUUUAAUGAUGCUUCAACUUAGAUGGACCUCUUUCACACAAUUACUCAAAGUCUAGACAACGUACUGACUUGCGACUGGUACGAAACCUUCAAGAACUACGGUACCGAUCAGUCGACUUCAGACGAUAAUACUAUGGAUACAGAGACUGGCGGAGAGACCUCCCAAUAUGAGUCGAUCAAGACCGUGACAGAGCCUACCUCGAAACAGAGAGGUCAAUUGGGCUCUGGCCCGAACACAUCUGAAGAAGCGCCAGCCUCCGAAGAACGUGGAGAAAAGACCGCAGAGAACAUAAGAUAUGGCCAGAACAUCUCCGAGUCGGGCAUGGGUGGAAUGACCAAUCCCCCAGAUGAUUCCGCAGGUGGAAAAAGCGGCUCGGGCAGUGAGUUCCUGGACAACAAAACCGACGAAGGCGCACGUGCCGCACAAGGCUAUGGCCCUGGGUCAGACCAUAGCAACACCGAGAUUGGAGGAUGAACAUUCAUGAGUAUAUG